AUAUUUCUUUCCACUAUAAUCAAUUAUAAAAUAAAAUAAAAAUUUUAAAUGUGAUCAAAUGCAAAAACAGGCAUUAGUGGAUAUUACUUCUGUAUAAGAGACACAUUUAAAAUAUUUCACUUUUCUUUUUUUUACUAAGGCAUUUCAAUUGUAAGCGUUUGGGCAAUUUGUAUCUACCUUUUAGAAUAUGAGCUUCCCUUACAAAACUCCCAUAGAUUAAAGCAUAUGAAAAAUUCAUCAUUUGGUCUCUGACUUAUAAAAGUGGCAGUUUUAUAUAUUUCAACCUAAUAAUUCACCUUUUCAUUUCUAGCACAGUAUCUGACAUCCAGUAGAUGUUAAAAAUUAUUAAACUCAACUAUUGAACAAAAUUUAGAAAUAAAGGCUCUUUCCAAAUAAUUAUUUUUCAGCAAGAAGUAAUAGGUAAACGUGUUAGAAGUAAGAAAAAUCAAAUUACCAAUGAUUCACUCUCUUUUUUUUCCCCCUCCAGGUUUUUGGGAUAGAUAUAUGGGAAUAAAAGAUGGAACUGUAACCUGACUGUGGAUUUCUAAGGAAGAUUCAACACACAGAGGAAAAAAUAAACUAGUGGAUAGCCUUCAGGAACGAUGUCCUUUUGCCAUAAUGUAGUUAAUAUUUCCUGUGUGAACAGCAGCUGGUCAAAUGAUGUCCGUGCUUCCCUAUAUAGUUUAAUGGUGCUCAUCAUUCUGACCACAGUGGCUGGCAAUCUGAUAGUUAUUAUUUCCAUCUCACACUUCAAGCAACUGCAUACCCCAACUAAUUGGCUCAUUCAUUCCAUGGCCACGGUGGACUUCCUGCUGGGGUGCUUGGUCAUGCCUUACAGCAUGGUGAGGUCUGUUGAGCACUGCUGGCCUUUUGGAGAAGUCUUCUGUAAGAUUCACACCAGCACCGAUAUCAUGCUCAGCUCAGCAUCCAUUUUCCACUUGUCCUUCAUUUCCAUUGACCGAUACUAUGCUGUGUGUGACCCGUUGAGAUACAAAGCCAAGAUCAGCAUCUUGGUUAUUUUUGUGAUGAUCUUCAUCAGCUGGAGCAUCCCUGCUCUUUUCGCGUUUGGAAUGAUCUUUCUGGGGCUGAACUUCAAAGGCGCUGAGCAGAUGUAUUACAAACACGCUCAUGGUUCAGGGAGCUGUUCUGUCUUCUUUAGCAAGACACCCGGGGUCCUGGCCUUUAUGACUUCUUUCUAUAUACCUGGAUCUAUUAUGUUGUAUGUCUAUUAUAGAAUAUAUUUCAUAGCUAAAGGGCAGGCAAGAUCGAUUAACAAUGCAAGUCAGCAGCUUCAAAUUGGAUUGGAAGAGAAAAACGGAAUUUCACGGAACAAAGAACGAAAAGCUGCAAAGACUUUAGGGAUUGUGAUGGGGGUUUUCCUCAUAUGCUGGUGUCCUUUCUUUGUCUGCACAGUCAUGGACCCUUUCCUGGACUAUACUAUCCCACCCCCCUUGAAUGAUGCAUUGAUUUGGUUUGGCUACUUGAACUCUACUUUUAAUCCAAUGAUUUAUGCAUUUUUCUAUCCCUGGUUCAGAAGAGCGUUGAAGAUGAUUCUAUUUGGUAAAAUUUUCCAAAAAGAUUCAUCUAGGUGUCAAUUAUUUUUAGAAUCAAAUCCAUAGAAUUACAAUACCUUACUGUUUUGCAAAACAGCUGGUGGUGAUAUUUAUGAACACAGCGUAAUCAACUACAUGCAUCAACUGCGUGGUCUUUAAGUCAGUUACUUGAUUUAAAGAAUGUAUAAUGAGACAGGAUGAUUAUAUCUUGCUUCCUACUUGGGAUGUAGUACAUAUGAUCUUUGCCAUUCUUACCAUACAUAUGAAGCUUUGCAAGUCCAGAAUGUAAGGUACUACAUUUAAAAAAACUUUUCCUGUUUUUUUCAGGUACCACCAUGGAUUUGAAAGUGGUCCUCUACUCAGAUAUUCAGUGGUAGAAACCAUAGGCUGCAUUGGAAAUGCAAAUUAGAGUACUUUGUCAUAUAUUUGCUUGAAUAUGUAUGGUUGUGUUGUUAUUAUUGUUGUUUUUGGUAAAAUUACACAUAAAUGUUAUCUUUAAAUAAUUAUUUAUAUAGCUUUGCUUGUUAUAUGUACUUUGUUGUUGUUUUUUGGUAAAAUUAAUUAAUUUUAGCUGAUUUGUAAUCAGCUAAAAUUACACAUAAAUGUUAUUUAUUAAAUAAUUAUUUAUAUAUA